AUGCAGAAACGGCCUUCUUGGUUCAGCACCUGCCAUACUCACCGCGCCUGCUCUGUGCAGCUGGAGACCGCAGCCACCGCUGGCGUAGCAUUGGUGCUGGGCCUGGUGGCGCUGCUGGGCGUGCGCGUGGUUGCAGCGGGGUUCCCAGGCAUCGCCGACGGCGAGGUGCCGCUGUGGAACGUCAAGCUGGACGGACACCUGCCGGAAGCAUUCUCUGUUCUGGCUUACGCAUUCUACAUGCAGCCAAUGAUGAUGACGCUGCUGCCAGAGAUGCCCGCUGGCCCUGUGGGGGUGGCAGCCAUGAAUCGCGCCGUGCUGGUCACCCUGUACGGCGUCGCAUUUGGUAUCUACGCAUCCAUGGGGCUGUUUGGUGCUGCGCUCUUCGGCCAGGGCACCGAGGGCAACAUCAUGGUCAACAAGCUGGUGGACGGGCGCGUGGCAACACUCGCGCUCUAUGGUGGCAUGCUCCUCUACCUCGCGCUGGGCAUGACCACAACACAGUACGCCCUCAGGCAGUCACUGGACCUACUGCUGCUGGGCGAAGAGGCACCCUUCACACGGCGACGGCAGGUGUGUGUUGGCUGCAACAUCCCAUGA